GAGCCAAUCCUGGCGUUGUCGCCUACAAUGGCCAUCAUAGAAGGGAUUCCCUCGUUUAAAUUCUCAAAUCCAUUAGGAAGCCCUGAGCUCGUCUUGAUCGUAUCCUGGUUAGGACGUAGGGUAGGUUGCGAUCAGCAAGCGGUGUCUUCUCGUCUCGGUCAACUUCGACAACAUCGUCGUGGUCCCUUUCGUUUUGGCAACCUGAUUGCCCUUAAACUCGUCUGUACUGUCGCUGCUGUAUCAGGGGCUCUUUCUCGACACGGUGGAAGAAUAUCUGUUCAGAUGUCUGACCUACUGGUUUCUUCUAUCAAUGAGAAUUCUGUCAUUUACGAUGGCGUUGCACAAGAUUGCUCGUCGUCCGCUUCAUUCUUUUUCAAUGUAGAGGAGGUAGCCACUUCGAUAGUGUUCAAUAUCGUAGGUGAAGACGUCCAGGCUGCUGAUAUGGUGCUUCUUAAUGAUCCGAACCGACUGGAACACGAUAACCUUUCAAAUCAGUAG